AUGCCGAUACGUGUGAGAUCGCAUGCCACUUUGAUAACCGUGGUUGCCUUCAUUGCCGUGGCGUCGCGAGGCGUUUUCUCCCAGCAGAAGCCGACCGAGUUGACCUUUCCGCUUCAAGUACCGAGUGCCCCGUCAGACCCGCAGGACUUGCGGGAUCUCGUUCUCCUUGCAUCACGGAGCACGCACGAUGAUCGCAUCCAGAUCCUCGACGCAGCCGCCACAGUGGACGCGUCUGCGACCCCAGAGCCACGCCACUAUGCAGGAGAUCUUGUUUCGGAAAGCGCAUCGCCGUCAGGAGAGGCCGACGCGUAUUACGGCGCGAUAAGCGAUCACGCGAAGGAGAAUAUCGCGACGGAGUUGACAGAUCCAGAGACAGGCAUGCCUCAAUCUUCGUCAUUCAGCAAUCUACAAUCACCCGCUUCACCAGUAGUAGUAACAGCUGGAGAAGAUAGUAACGAUGGCGGACCGGAACCUUUGGCAGUAGCAGCCCGACCAGGCCAGGCCCCCUCUUCUGACAUAUCUUCGUCUGCGGAGAAGGGUUCGAUUGACAGACCUGUGAAAUUCUCUCCGCCUGUCAGUCAGCCUACGGAGGGUGCGACUUCCGAUCCAUCUACGCGUACCGGCGCCGCCGAGGUCAUUCCGCCAUAUCCUCUCGCCAGUCCCUGGUUGCCGUCACAGCCGUCGCUUCCGAAUCCGCUUGCGCCAGUCACUGCCCCUGCCUCCUCGGAAAUGCCGCUGACCGUCGCCUCUCUUGCUGCUCCUCUCACGACCGUUCCCGCACGAAGCAUCUCAACAUCAGGCGCCGUUUCUCCAUCGUCAACUCCUUCUCUACACUCCGCAACCUUCCCUCAACCUUCGUUUGAGCCGACCCCGCAAGUGUCCGCGCAAUCAACGUCUGUUCCGCUCACCUUCGUGCGCCUCCCCGCCACCUCUGCGCAGUCCGCGUCAUCAUCAAGUCCCUCCUCUCCGCCACCUAUGGUCGGCGUUUUCGACCCACGGUCGUUCGGCGCCGCAGGGGACGGCGUUAAGGACGACACCGCAGCUCUCAACGCCGCGUUCGCCGCUGCGUGCGCGUAUCGCGCACCCGUUCCCGCACCCCGUGGCCGAGCCGCUCGACCCACCGCGCCGCCGGCGUCUGCUCCCAGCGGGCUUUCCUUCAAGAAGCAAGCGGACGCGAGCGACACGGAGCCCAGCAAGCCCGACAAGAGAUUGGCAGCGAGUGCGGCGCUUGCCUCGACUGUGGCGUCGCAAGGCGAGCGACGAGUGGCGCAGCAGCAGGGCAGUGCAAGCCCCGCGCGCAAUGGUGGCGCGGUGGCGUCACAGCUGACUCCACGUCAGCUGACGAUGGAUGUUGCCUCGAUGCCGGCCCAAGGACCCGCCACCAGCGGCGACGUCAACGGAACCGCCGCCAUGGAUGCAGAUCUUGCGCCUGAGCGGGCGACUCUGGUCCUGCCCGCCGGACGCACGUUCCUGGUAGCUUCGUGGAUCACGUGGCAAGGGCCGUGCAGAGGAAACGGGCUUCUCCUUCAGAUCGACGGUCUCCUGCAGUUUGAGCCCAACGCCGCAAAACAAGCUGGUCGCGGCGCCGUGAUGCUGAUAACGCGCGUGGACGGGCUCACUGUCGCGGGCGCCGGCAGGAUUGACGGCGGAGGUGACCUGCUGUGGCGGCGACCGGCGAAUAGCCGACCGCACCUGCUGCUGCUGACGGAAAUGCGGCGAGUCGUGGUGACGGGAAUCACACUGAGCAACGCACCGAUGAUGCAUCUGGUGCUGGGAUCGUGUGUGGGCGUCGUGGUGAGAGGCAUUGCAACGCGCAGCCCUGGUUCCAGCCCCAACACAGACAGCAUCCACGUGUCAGCAUGCAGCCAAGUCAGCAUCAGCGACUCGUGGUUGCACGGAGGCGAUGAUGACGUGUCGAUCGUGGCGGGGUCGUCAGGCAUCAGCAUCAACAACGUGACGUGCACCGCCGGCCACGGCAUCAGUGUUGGGAGUCUGGGCUACGGUGGCAAGACUGCAUGCGUAUCCAAUGUGACAGUAACGAAUUCCGUGCUAUCAAGCCUCUCCAACGGGCUGCGCAUCAAGACGUACCAGGGCGGCAGUGGUGCGGUGUUCAACGUGCGAUAUGAGAACAUCACCAUGCUCAAUGUCGAUCGCCCCAUUAUCAUCGACCAGUACUACUGUGAUGCGGAGCCUUGCGGGUCUGGACUGCAGGCGCUCUCCAUCUUCAACAUCUCCUACACCAACAUCACCGCCACGGCUGACGCCACCACAGCCCAGGGCAUCAUUCGCGGCAUUGACCUGGCAUGCAGCCGCACUGUGCCAUGCACCGGCAUCUCGCUCUCCCAAGUGCGCAUCGCGGGGAGCACGCGAGGAGGGGGGGCUGUGGGCAGCAGAAGGAUGCAGCAGUCGUCAAUGGAGUCUUCGUCCCUUUCGAGCUUUGAUCCCGCAUCUCAAACCGCCGUGCGCCUCUCCAACGCCUUUGGCGCCAGGGAUGGCCGCGCGUUCCCACUGGUGGAUCGCGGUGUGGCAGCGAAUCUGGAUUCUGCUGAUGUGGAUGCAACAGCGGCGGAUGCACUGGUUUCGGCAGAGCAAAGAGUAGCGCUGGCAGCCCAGCGACUCAAGUGCGGGGUCCAACCAUGGGUGGAUUUUGGAGGGUCUCUAUGA